CAGUGGAGGAGACGAGCCUGUGGCGGCGGCUGAGGUUGACCGGGGUUCGCGGAGGGGGCGAGGCGGCGGCCCCUGUAUGCGUCUUCAGCCGCGCAUGGACGACCACCUCAGCCUCCUGCAAUCACCCCCGCCGAGCGUGACCAAAACUCGGGGUGACAACCUCGUGAAUCACGGGUACACAGAGACAGAGGCCGACGUGAUGACUGUUGUGGCGUGUGACAACAUGCUGGAAGAGUCGGCGGCUCUUCCGGGCCACCACUCUCUGGACAGAUACGAGCCGGAUCACGAAUGCUGCGAGAGGGUGGUCAUCAACAUCUCAGGGCUGCGCUUCGAGACGCAGCUCAAGACUCUGUCCCAGUUUCCAGAGACGCUGCUGGGGGACCCCAAGAAGAGGAUGAGGUACUUUGACCCUCUCAGGAACGAGUACUUCUUCGAUCGGAACCGACCCAGCUUUGAUGCCAUCCUCUACUACUACCAGUCUGGCGGACGCAUCAGAAGACCCGUGAAUGUGCCCAUUGACAUUUUCUCUGAGGAGAUACGCUUCUACGAGCUGGGCGAGGAGGCUAUGGAGAAGUUCAGGGAGGAUGAGGGCUUCAUAAAGGAGGAGGAGCGGCCGCUGCCAGAGAAUGAAUUUCAAAGACAGGUGUGGCUGCUGUUUGAAUACCCGGAGAGCUCGGGUCCCGCCCGGGGGAUCGCGAUAGUGUCUGUUCUGGUCAUCCUCAUCUCCAUUGUCAUCUUCUGCUUGGAGACUUUGCCGGAGUUCAGGGACGAGAACAGGGAUCCGAUCACCAUUGCGCCCUCGUUAAAUGGCACACUCUCAUAUUUCAUCAGCCCCUUCUCUGACCCCUUCUUUGUGGUGGAGACGCUUUGCAUCAUCUGGUUCUCCUUCGAGCUGCUGGUGCGCUUCUUCGCUUGCCCGAGCAAAGCCACGUUCUCCAAAAAUAUCAUGAACAUCAUAGACAUUGUGGCCAUCAUCCCCUAUUUCAUUACCCUGGGCACGGAGCUGGCGGAGAGACAGGGGAACGGACAGCAGGCCAUGUCAUUAGCGAUUCUGCGCGUAAUUAGGCUGGUUCGAGUAUUUCGCAUCUUUAAACUCUCGCGUCACUCCAAGGGGCUUCAGAUUUUAGGACAGACUCUAAAGGCCAGUAUGCGUGAAUUGGGCUUGCUAAUAUUCUUUUUGUUCAUUGGUGUCAUCCUCUUCUCCAGUGCUGUUUAUUUUGCCGAGGCAGACGACCCAGAAUCGGGGUUCAACAGCAUCCCAGACGCGUUCUGGUGGGCUGUUGUCACCAUGACAACUGUGGGUUAUGGGGACAUGCACCCCGUGACAAUCGGGGGAAAGAUAGUUGGAUCUCUGUGCGCAAUAGCCGGCGUGCUUACCAUUGCCCUGCCCGUGCCCGUCAUCGUCUCCAAUUUCAACUACUUCUAUCACAGAGAGACGGAGGGCGAGGAGCAGGCACAAUACCUCCACGUGGGCAGCUGCCAGCCCCUGGCGGACACGGAGGAUCUGAGGAAGACUCGCUCCUCGUCCUCGCUCAGCAAGAGCGAAUAUAUGGUGAUAGAGGAGCAUGGGAUCAACAGCGCGUUCAAACAACAGCCCAACUUCCCCACUACCACUCAGAACAACUCACAGAAUUGUGUGAACAUAAAAAAAAAGAUUUUCACCGACGUGUAGCCAGUUUUUAAGAGUCUUGGCACCUGUAUGGACACAGACGGGGGGGCGGGGUGAUGUGUCAACACACAGCCGGUUCUGUUGUUGCGCACCAGCGUGUGGAGUCCCCGGUUUAUCAGACGAAGAAAGAAAGGAACAAAGAGAAAGAGCCAACCCUGUCUGUUCAGAUCCGCUGCCUCGUGCUCCAUUUAAUCCAGAGAUCAUUUAAUAUCAGUUAUCUGAAUUCAUAAAUCGUUAUGGUUCCAUGCGCUAUUGGAGAGAAAUAGCUCCUUAAAGUAUUAGACCUAUACUAUUCCUUUCUGGGGGGGGGGGGCUGUUGUGCAAAAGCCAAUAUAUGAUCACAACAGAAAUAGAAGCUUUGUAACUGUGAACGAUGAGCGCAAAUGUAUGCUGCUCGGAGGACACUCAUAUUGUAUUAACAUGCGUUAUGAGUCGUGAUUCUUCAGUCAUAGCUGUGUAUAAUAUUCGGAAUCAUUUAAAUGUGUGUAAUGUCUGAAAACACAGUUCAGAAUAUAUAAUCUCAAUUAGACCGUUCUGUGCUAUUUGCCUUUAUCGUGCGUUAAAGUCUAGUCCGGAUGCUACUGUCUUUAAAAGAAUAACCAUCUUUGUUUCCUGAACGCGAACUUUGAUCAUGAUAGGCUCUUUAAUGCGUAAACGGCACCAUGUAAACACAGGGUCCAUGUAGCCAGGUGUCAGUGUCUCGUCAUCGGCGCAAGACACACGUGAGAGAGGAAAAACACACACAACACAAUCAGCGAUCAGAGAUGGAGCAUGCUUGUCUUUGGAUGCCUCAAAUAUAGCCCGCUGUGAUGUAGUCUCCAUGGCGACGUUCGUUUCCGAGGUAACCCCUAGUCCCCCGUUGCCAUGGCGCCCUUGUUUCCACAGUAACCUCCGAGAUGGCUUGGGAGCUUAUGGAAGAUUCACAUCUAAAUGGCUCGUCUCCGGUCUGUAAUAAGAUUGUUUCGUCAUCGUGCGCUUAGUGCGUAAAAUACGAGCCCCUCAGACGCGCCUGGCGCCGCUGUCACUGAUCGGUGAGCUCACUGCAUUGACACGAACAAAAACGAAUUGGAGUAAGGAGGUCUGUUUACAAGUUGAAACCACGAACUGUCCCCUAAACACCAGAGGUGGGAAAAGGCGCAACUCAGAGAGGCGCUACGGCCGGGAGACAGCGUGUGAGGAAUUAUGAAUGGGACUGGGUGCGCUACUGUGGGUUCUCACCAGAGGCCGCUGUUGUCUGACGGAUUAAAAUGGUAAAGUUGGUUCCCUCAUUCUGCUCAGACCUCCUGGAACCCCUGACGACCCCAAUUAGACUACAUCCCUUCAGGGGUGCAUUGAGUCUUCCUGUUGGGCCAGAUUGGCCAAAAUUAAGAGCUGAGACCGAACUAGCACUGGAUCUGAUUUUCUUCCCCCAGUCUUUGUCCUCCUGACUCGUCAAACCUGGCCUUCUAACAAGUGGUGCCUCACAUUUCUCCUCCUCCAGUGGACCACCAUUCAAUCCAAAAUGGAAAAAGAAAAUGCACACCAAUAAAAAAAAAACAGAUGCUCAACAUAUUCCACAUACAGCUUUGUAGCUGCAGCUUUAUGACUGUUUCUGUUGUUGAGUUAACACAGCGUGAGUGUAACCAUCACAGGAUCAGAAGUGAUUGAGACAGUGACAGAAUUCAGAGGGAACUGUUAUGGACUCUGACGUUUCUCCAAACUGCUUCUGUGUUACAAAUCAAAAAGGACAGCUUCAGGAAAACAGCCAGCAGUUUUGCAAAGCACAUUUGCAUUUCUGGACUUUCUACUUUCUGUAUCCAUGUUUCUGGCACAUGAUGUUCAUUAUGGACGAAAACUGUCAAACAGCUUUUGCUUCAAGUCAAAAAGUGGCAAAAAAUGAAGCCAAACCGUGAUUUGCUGAUAUGAAACUGUGAUACAAAUCAAGACUGUUAGCCAUAUGCCUUUGUUAGCUCUGUGUUCUCCGUAUUGCUAACAUGUGUGACACACACAUACUGUAUGUGUGCUGGUUGCUGCUACUCCCCUGACCUACACAUGAAGAACAAGACUAAGGAGUGCACAUACACAUGCACACAAACACGCACACAUGCACACAUGGAUACACAUGCUUGUGGAUGGCUGUUACUUCAAUCCCAGAGUGCACUGGUGUUUUUUUGGGAUGGGGCAGAAUGCCAGUAUUUGUUCUGUGUUAUUCUGUGCUGUCUUAAACAUGACCCCUAUAAAGAGAACAUGAAUUGUCCUGUCCUUAUUUAAGAGGAGCUUUGGUCAGCUUCACCCAAUAACUGGGAGA